AUGUCUUCUACCAUACCGGACGACAUAUCCUCCAGAUGCGCCAUCGUCGUAGGAUCAGGCCUGGCAGGGCUCAGUGCUGCUUCACAACUAGUCAAGCAUAAUGUUACGGUCCGCGUCCUCGAGCGUGCAGCGAAACCUGGAGGCAAUAGCAUCAAGGCAUCAUCUGGCAUUAACGGCGCGCCAACGGAAUACCAACCAAGCCCGGAACCGGAAGAUGCGUUCUACACGGACACAGUGACAUCAGCCGGCCUGCGAAUGUCACUGUUUACUGUUGAAAGACAGAAGCUUAUCAAGACAUUGACAAAUUCCUCUGCAGGCGCGAUUCAUUGGCUUGUGGAGGAGAAAACCGUUGACCUCAGCAAGGUCGCACAACUGGGUGGACACUCAUACGCCAGGACUCACAGGGGGGGCGGGGCACCUCCAGGAUUCGUAAUCAUUAGCACGUUGCUGAAGGGCCUCAAAGAGUCUCCUCUCUUCCACCUACAGACUUCGUGCACCGUCACGAAAGUGAUGUUGAGCAGGGAGCGGGUAAUAGGUGUGGAGUACAUCGAUGCAAACGGUAACUGUGAAGAACUGCACGGCCCUGUGAUUUUCGCAUCAGGAGGAUUUGGGGGCGAUGCUGAAGGUCUCCUUGCUCAGUACAGACCAGACCUCUCAGGCUACCCAUCGACGAACGAUCCACGACCCGGGACGCAGCCAUUGCUUACAGAAGUAGGGGCUCAGCUCGUCGAUAUGGAUUCUGUACAAGUGCAUCCAACGGGCUUCGUUGAUCCCGCAGAUCCCGCCUCGCCGCUCAAAUUCCUGGCCGCCGAGGUACUCAGAGGCGAAGGUGGCAUUCUCUUGCUCGACAGCAAGCGCUUCACCAACGAGAUAGAUACCAGAGAGAAUGUCGCCAACGCUAUUACCUCGACGACUCCGACAUCUGAGUCGCCGCGUCAGUGGGAGGUGCAACUCAUUCUGGACGAGGCGACGUAUGAUGCUGCGAGGUCACAUGUUGACUUCUAUAUUUUCAAGGGUCUUAUGCGCAAGACGACCGUUUCUGAGCUUGGUUCUGAGGCGCUCGAUAGCAUUGGAUUGUAUGCUUCCACAGUCGCACAGAAGACCAACGACCAGUUCGGCCGUGUGUUCUUCGGCAACUGGGCAUUGAAGGAUCCUACAACCGAGUCUGUGGUUUUUGUUGGUACAGUCACCCCCAUCGUUCAUUACACUAUGGGUGGUGUUCUCAUCAACGAGAAGACUGAGGUCUUGACAAAGGAUGUCAAGCGCGUUGAGGGAGUUUGGGGUGCGGGUGAGAUCACUGGAGGAAUACACGGCGGCAAUAGGUUGGGAGGCUCGUCGUUACUUGAGUGUGUCGUGUUUGGAAGGGUUGCUGGUGAUCAGUGCGCGGGGUAUCUAAGCAGUCACAGAUGA